AUGGAAGAUAAAUUAUCAGAAGUUUAUUAGAAGUAGAUGAAAAAAAUAAGUAGUCAUCCAAACAAUUAAUUAAGAAGCAUUGAAGACGAUGGAAUUAUGCAGGGAUUAGGACAUAGGAAUAAUCAAAUGAAUAGCGGAAGCAGUAAUGCAUAAUUAAGUAAAGAAGAUAAUUUAAGGGAUACGCUUAGAAGACCUCCUCCUAGAAUCAUAGCUGGUAAAAUGCCAGAUGCUUUCUUUACUAAAAAAAAGAAUUAACUCAGUUCUUUGAACGGAAAAGUUUAGCAACUAGGCAUAUUUGAUGCCCAAAAAAAUAUAGACAAUCUGAUCGAACAAUAGUAAUAUAAUUAAGCCUAGAACUUACUGCAGCCAAUAAAUGUUAAUGAAGAAAGAAUGUCUCCGUAGCCUAACGAUCAAGCAAAUUAACAAGAAAUAAUAUAAAAAAAACAAAUCAUGAAACCGUCUUAGAAUCUUAAAAAUCCAAUAGGAUCUUAUAGAACUUACAUGCAAAAUAUGCAAUUAAUAACGGAAGCCAUAAAAGAGCCAAUGGAAUGGAAUAAAGAAAAAUUGCAAUAAUUUCUAGAGGCAGGUAAAAAUAAUAAAAUAUCUUCAUCUAGCAUAAAAUUAGAAGAGAUGAUUACUUUAGGAGUGAUAAAAUGUUAAAGAGAUUCAGGAGUAGUAAAAAAGAUAUUUCAUGCACCUACAUUGAGAUUGUAUUCAGUGAAAGAGGUUCCUUUAUCUAGUAAAUAAGCUAGAUAGAGCUUAAGAGAUUGGGUUAUAACUUGGUAAAAUAAACUUCAUAAUACAGGAAAACAUGUAAAACUAUAUGGCCAUUUUUGGAAUGUGCCUGAAGGCUGUGUGUCAAUUUUAACGGAAUUCUUAAGCGGAGGCAGUCUACAAGAUCUUCUUGAGAGUUUCGGUACUCUUCCUGAAUCUAUAAUUAAAUAAAUAGUCAUUCAAACAAUCAGUGCAUUAGAUAUUAUUCAUAAUUUACCGAAUAGCUAUUAUGGUGGUCUUACUCCAAGUUAAAUUUUAUUUAAAUAGGAUGGAAAUGUUAAAUUAUCAUUAGGAAUUUCGUAUAGAUCUUAAUAGUAGUAAUAGAAUUUUUUCAACAGUGUAAAUAUGUCUAAAUAAAAUGAAAGAAUGAGUCUUUUCGAUCCGAGUGGAGUAAAUACGCCAAAUCUUUUUAAAGUUCCUCCUUUAGAUAAUAAUAACAAUAAUAAUCAAUAAAAUUAAAAAGCACAAAUAUAAAAGCAAGAUGAUGUAUUUAGAUUAGGGAUGCUUGCGUUGAGUUGCGCGAUAGGUUCUUUUGAUAUAAUAGAGAAUGUAAGUUUACUUUAUGAAUGCAUACAUAAACUUCUCGAUGAUUAAAAUAAAUAAGAUCCACAAUAUCGUGUAUGCUGCAUAUUGCACGCAGAAGAUAUUCUUUAAUAAAUGAUGGACGAAAAAUUAAAAAUUAAUUCAAAAAAAUAACGAAUUAAUCUUUCAAUAAAUAACUUAUUAACCACAAAUAGAUUCACAAAAGAAUUUUUAGAUUUUCUUUGCCAAACUCUAAGAUUUAAUUACCAAAGCAGAUCUACGUUGGCAAAUCUUAAAUAACACCCAUUCUUAUCAAAAGAAGUAACCCCAAAAGGAGUUAAUAUCAAUAUCACAGAUUUACUUAAACACAGUUAAGGAUGGAGUAGAAAUUAAUCUCUGCCAGCAGAUUUUUAGGGUGCAAGUGAAUAAGUAUUGGAAAGAUUAUGUGAAGGCAUGCUCUUAGUAUUACCUAUGUGCGAAAAAUGGUUUGUUGCUCCUAAUUAUUAAGAAUAUACUCGUCAUAUAAGAAAUCUUAAACCUGAAUCUAGUGCUAUUUAAAUAUUGUCACAAGACUUAGGGUUAGAUGCAAAAUUAGUUUAUUCUAAGCUUAUAUAAGUCUUUGAUUCAUUUCCAUUUAUAAAUACAAAAAGAAAUGCUCAGGGGGCUAAAGUAAUAGAUGGAGUAUUCCCUCCUUUCUUUUAAGAAAAUAAUAAUUAGUAAGCUCAAUAGUAGCAGCAACAAUUAUAAUAACAAUAUCAAAGUUGA